GCCCGGCGGCCCCGACGGCCGGGAAAGACCGAUAAACUUUGAGCGGACCGGGACAGAAAAAAAAAUCUCUUUGUCUUGAGGGGGCUUUUGGGUGGUCGCGGACCUGGGCUCUGUGCGUUGGGAAAGGGAAGUGGAGGUGAGCCUCGGGCUUCCCGCCCUGUAGCUGGGCCCGCCCCAGUUGCAGCGCUCAGCCCCACCCCGGCUGGGCCACCGCCCUGCACAGUCUCAGGGAUGAGCAGCCGCCCAAGCUGCAGGGCCUCGGGUCUUCGGCGCCUCUGACCCUCGCAGGUUGCUGCCUCUCGGUGCAGAACCGUAUGUAUGUCACACAUUGGAUGUGAGACCUGAGAAACCGUGUUUUAACAGGUUUUUCUCCUUUCCUGGAUACGUUUAUUUCUGGGUCUCUGAAAGAAGAUGAAUUUGGCUGAGAUUUGUGAUAAUGCAAAGAAAGGAAGAGAAUAUGCCCUUCUUGGAAAUUACGACUCAUCAAUGGUAUAUUACCAGGGGGUGAUGCAGCAGAUUCAGAGACAUUGCCAGUCAGUCAGAGAUCCAGCUAUCAAAGGCAAAUGGCAACAGGUUCGGCAGGAAUUAUUGGAGGAAUAUGAACAAGUCAAAAGUAUUGUCAGCACUUUAGAAAGUUUUAAAAUUGACAAGCCUCCAGAUUUCCCUGUGUCCUGUCAAGAUGAACCAUUUAGAGAUCCUGCUGUUUGGCCACCCCCUGUUCCUGCAGAACACAGAGCUCCACCUCAGAUCAGGCGUCCCAGUCGAGAAGUAAGACCUCUGAGGAAAGAAAUGGCAGGAGUAGGAGCCCGGGGACCUGUAGGCCGAGCACAUCCUAUAUCAAAGAGUGAAAAGCCUUCUACAAGUAGGGACAAGGACUAUAGAGCAAGAGGGAGAGAUGACAAGGGAAGGAAGAAUAUGCAAGAUGGUGCAAGUGAUGGUGAAAUGCCAAAAUUUGAUGGUGCUGGUUAUGAUAAGGAUCUGGUGGAAGCCCUUGAAAGAGACAUUGUAUCCAGGAAUCCUAGCAUUCAUUGGGAUGACAUAGCAGAUCUGGAAGAAGCUAAGAAGUUGCUAAGGGAAGCUGUUGUUCUUCCAAUGUGGAUGCCUGACUUUUUCAAAGGGAUUAGAAGGCCAUGGAAGGGUGUACUGAUGGUUGGACCCCCAGGCACUGGUAAAACUAUGCUAGCUAAAGCUGUUGCCACUGAAUGUGGUACAACAUUCUUCAACGUUUCGUCUUCUACGCUGACAUCUAAAUACAGAGGUGAAUCUGAGAAGUUAGUUCGUCUGUUGUUUGAGAUGGCUAGAUUUUAUGCCCCUACCACGAUCUUCAUUGAUGAGAUAGAUUCUAUCUGCAGUCGAAGAGGAACCUCUGAUGAACAUGAGGCAAGUCGCAGGGUCAAGUCUGAACUGCUCAUUCAGAUGGAUGGAGUUGGAGGAGCUUUAGAAAAUGAUGAUCCUUCCAAAAUGGUUAUGGUAUUGGCUGCUACUAAUUUUCCGUGGGACAUUGAUGAAGCUUUGCGAAGAAGGUUAGAAAAAAGGAUAUAUAUACCUCUCCCAACAGCAAAAGGAAGAGCCGAGCUUCUGAAGAUCAACCUUCGUGAGGUCGAAUUAGAUCCUGAUAUUCAACUGGAAGAUAUAGCCGAGAAGAUUGAGGGCUAUUCUGGUGCUGACAUCACUAAUGUUUGCAGGGAUGCCUCUUUAAUGGCAAUGAGACGGCGUAUCAAUGGCUUAAGUCCAGAAGAAAUCCGUGCACUUUCUAAAGAGGAACUUCAGAUGCCCGUUACCAAAGGAGACUUUGAAUUGGCCCUAAAGAAAAUUGCUAAGUCUGUCUCUGCUGCAGACUUGGAGAAGUAUGAAAAAUGGAUGGUUGAAUUUGGAUCUGCUUGAAUUUCUGUCAGCUCUUUAAUUUCUGGUAUUUUUGUUGAUAAAAUACGAAGAAAUUCCUGCAAUUUUUAAAAAACAAGUUUGGAAUUUUUUUCAGUGGAGUGGUUUUCGCUUAAAGGAAAAAAAAUUCUAAAACUGCGAAGAAUACUAAAUGUAGUUGAGAAAUAAUUGAUGGCGAGAGUUUGCUAGUCUCCCUCCCCGGCUUUGUGCUGGUAUUCCACGUAUUCCUGCAUUAAUAUUGCACACCCAAACCAGUCUAUCAGGGAGGCUGAAGAAAGGGCGCAGUGUGAUAUUUUAGGAAUACAGAAGAUUUAGAAAUACCCCUAUUUCUCAUGUGCAGUUUUUUUUUUCAAUUCUGUGCUCUGUCAACAUGAGGGACCUAUCUAUGUAUGUUGACUUUUAACAUCAAAAUUGGAUUUGUGUCAAACAUUCAUUGUUAAGAAUGACAGUAUAUUUUGGAGGAAAUAAUGAAUUUACUAAUUAAACCUUUAGAAUUUAUGACUUACUGUUAGAGUCUGUCAUAUGGUUAGAAUUUUUACUUCCCCUACCCCUGCCAUUUCUUCUGCUAGCUACUUAAUAAUAUCUUGAGCUUUAUUGAGGAAUAUUCUCACGCUCUGUGGUAUUUGAAUCAUUUUGCCAGGUCAUUUCUCUGUCUUUAGUAUUUUUUGCUGGUGCUUCUUACACUUAAUAUGGAAAGGUGGGAAGAAUAUUACUGCAUUAGAUGUAAUUCUUCAUGCUAGACUUCCAAGUUUGUUUUCACUUUUUUUUGUGUGCGUGAAGGAGUCUGUGUCACCCAGGCUGUGUAGUGCAGUGGUUGAUCUUGGCUCACUGCAACCUCUGCCUCCUAGAUUCAAGCAAUUCUCCUGUCUCAGCCUCCCAAGUAGCUGGGAUUACAGGUGCGCACCACCAUGCCUGGCUGUGUUUUCACUUUUCUUUCAACAUGUUCAAACAUAUAUAUAGCCAUUAUUUUUCUCAGCUCCAGCAUUGUUUGAUUUUUCUUGAGUUUGAUUUUAGUAUUUGAGAUAAAUACUUUUGCAUUCUAAACAAGUCCACUCUCUGUGGCUAACACAAAACAAAUGAAAUCUUUAUAGUUUUCCAAACAGCUAGUUUAACAAAACAGCAUCGUACAUAGUGAAUGAUGUUCAUUGGAAAAUUCUAAAAUUUGUCCUUGUCUAGGUUGAGAACUUUUACACACAGUAAGAUAAAGAUAGAAAUCUGACACGCUCACUCAAUUCAGCAGGAAUUACACAUUAGAAAGAAGCCAGAAAAAUAAAUGGCAUAUAUCCAAUCACAAGUAAAUGAUCCUGGCGUUAGUUUUUAUGAUUACAUGUGACUUAUUAGGCAAUUUAUGCUUUAAUGGUCAAGCUUUUAAAAAUUUGUAUUUGAUAACAUCCUGAAUUCUCAGUUUUGAAUAGUGCCUACUGGUUUAAAACUAAAAAUAAUACAGCUUUUUGGACAUUUAACCAAGAUACUAAGAAGGUUUUUUUUAAAAAAAGAGAUUUCAUUAUUUUUCCCUGCUAAAAACUGUAAAUGCCUUAUGUUCUUUUCAGAUAACUUAAGUCUGACCUAAACUCCAGUAUUCAUCUGAUGCUGUAAAUUGCCCUUCUUUCUGAGACACAGAUUAUAAGAUGCCAGAUCAUAAGACAUCAUGAUUUUAUUGUAAUUGAAUUCUUCCUAAAAAUUGAGAGGUUUCCUUUUAUUAACUUUUAAAAUAAAGAAAUAAGUAGUUUCAUUAUGA